AUGGCCUUCUCUGCAAGCCAAUCCAAGGUACAAACGAAGAAAUUCAGAAGCCCAGCAACCCUUCACAAGAGUUAUGCACGUAUAAGUAGUGGUAUAGAAGGUAAACGUAGUAAAUAUGUAGCAGAAGGGAGACAAACAACGGACAGGAUACGCCAGCUAAAAAAGGAAAACCUUACACUAGAGAGCGCUAUCAAAAUUCUUAAUACUUAUUCUAAAGAGCAAGAGAUAGAGCGUUUAAUUGACAAGUGGAGGUCUAUUUGCCAGGCUGGAAUGGCGUAUCUGCUGAACUCAACCCUUCUCAAGAUAAACAAGAUGGGCGGCUAUGAAGAGCUUGUAAAGAAAGAAGUAGAAGCCGAGAAACGCAAGCUUGAGUAUCAGUUUGGUGAUCAGCUGGAAAACGAAGUAGAGGAUGUAUUGGAGUCAGAGGAAUUCAAAAUGAUGUCUGCUCUCGACCAAGAAGAACUAAAACGUCAAAUAUAUGACAGGAAAGAGGAAGCGGAUAAAGCUCGGCAGACAGAAAUGGAAAAACUAGAUUUCAAAGUACGAGCGAGUUCUGUAACGGAAUUUACAAUGAAAAAUCUUGCUAGCCGUCUUAAAGUCAAUUUCGAUAUGAUCUUUGAAAGCUAG